CCCACCGUCCCCUCUCUCACCCACCCAUCUAAAUCACGUGCCACCACAACCCCACCAAAGCGGUGAGCCCAGCAAAAUCGCCAAAUCCAUACUAGCGUAACUACUCUAAAUCGAUAGCUGGGCGCAUGGGCAUGGUCGCGUCCUCUGAAGGGGUCUGGGCUAGCUACUACACGAAUUCAGAAGAACGUAACCUUGCUGAGUAUAUUCACAACGAAUUCUCCUGCCGACAAUCAGACAACUACUAGGUAGAAGCGCUUGAAUACUUAAACGGGAGAUAUUUAUAAGGAAAAUCCGGAAAUAAACACACAGACACGACGCAAUGCCGAAAGAAAAAUCCAUAAACCCAGCGCAAGCCCAGCGCAAAGCCGAGAAGGCAAAAGCCGCCAAGAAAGGCAAAGCAGAAGCCGCAACCCGCCGGACCGAAAAGCUAUCCCGGCGCAACCCCGAACGCCUUCAAACCCAGCUCUCCUCGCUCCUGGCCGUCGAGUCUUCCGGCACGAAACUAACUGCUCACGAGGUGCGGCUGAAGGAGGAGCUGGAGAAGGAUUUGAAAGCUGUUAGGAAGGCGAGGGAGACGUUGGGGGAUAAGGCGCCUGCGUUUGGGCGUGGGGGUGGAGAUAGGGAGGGUGGGAGGGAUGGAGGGAGAGGGGGGGUGCUGGGAAAGAGGAGAAGGGAUGGCGGGAAAGGAGGGGAGGAGAGUGACAGUGAUGUUCCCGAAGAGGUAGCAGGUGUGCCUAUGCCGAGGGAUACGCCGCCGCCGAUACCGAAGGAGGUGUUGGAUAAAUGGUACCAAGCGCGACGAGACAAAUGGGCUGCGAACAACCCACAGCAAGCAGGAAGAGGCGGGGAGGGGAGUAGUGCGAAUGCGAUGCCUCUCGGUGCGAAUGCUAGGGAAGUCGGAAGAUGCGGUGAGAAAGAGGAGGAGGUGGUGAUGACGGUGCCCCCGGUGGAGGCGAAGACGGUAUACGAAGCUGCGCCAGCGAUUAGGGAUUUGAGGCAGGAGGCGGGUGCUGGGGAGGGGUAUUGGAAGGGUGCUGGGGAGGGGGGAGGGGAGGGGGAUGGGGGAGGGGGGAAGGAGGUGGAGGGGAAGGGGGGGAAGAGGGUUACGAUGAAGGAGGUUGAGGAUGAGGAUGCGCAGUGA